GCGCGCGGCGGCCGCGGCCGCACGGACCGACCGACCGACCGACCGACCGAGCGACCGAGCCCGGCCGCACUCCCGGGCCCGCUCCGCUCCCUUCUCCCGCCCGUUAGCUCCGGGGCCGCCCGGCGAGCCGGCGGCGGCGGCGGGUUCGUUUGUGUGUGUGGGUUGGGGCGCGCGGCCUGGUGCGCGCGGCGCAUCCCGCCGCUCGCGUAGCGCGGCCGCCCGGGCUCGCUGAGGGGGAAGCCCGCGGCUGCUGCGGCGGGGGCGGGGUGAGGGUGGGGAGGACGGAUCCUCCCGGCCCGCAGCAGAACGCCGCCAUGAGCGUGGAGGCGUACGGCCCCAGCUCGCAGACCCUCACCUUCCUGGACACCGAGGAGGCCGAGCUGCUCGGCGCCGACACGCAGGGCUCCGAGUUCGAGUUCACCGACUUCACCCUCCCCAGCCAGACGCAGACCCCGCCCGGGCCGGGCCAGGCGGGGCCGGCGCAGGGCCAGGGCGCCCCCGGCGCGGGGCAGGGAGCGCCGGGCCCGCUGGAAGCGCAGGUGAAUGGUCCUGAUGGGAUCCUGCAGAACGGAGCUGUGGAUGAGAACGUGGCCAAGACCAGCCAGCUCCUGGCAGAGCUCAACUUCGAGGAGGAUGAGGAGGACACUUACUACACCAAGGAUCUCCCUGUGCACGCCUGCAGUUACUGUGGCAUCCAUGACCCUGCCUGUGUGGUUUACUGCAACACCAGCAAGAAAUGGUUCUGCAACGGGCGUGGAAACACCUCUGGCAGCCACAUCGUGAACCACCUGGUGAGAGCCAAGUGCAAGGAGGUGACUCUGCACAAGGACGGGCCCCUGGGCGAGACCGUCCUGGAGUGCUACAACUGCGGCUGCCGCAACGUCUUCCUGCUGGGCUUCAUCCCAGCCAAGGCUGACUCCGUGGUGGUUCUGCUGUGCAGGCAGCCAUGUGCCAGCCAGAGCAGCUUGAAGGACAUCAACUGGGACAGUUCCCAGUGGCAGCCCCUGAUCCAGGACCGCUGCUUCCUCUCCUGGCUGGUGAAGAUCCCCUCGGAGCAGGAGCAGCUCCGGGCCCGGCAGAUCACAGCCCAGCAGAUCAACAAACUGGAGGAGCUCUGGAAGGAAAAUCCAUCUGCAACCCUCGAGGACUUGGAAAAACCUGGUGUUGAUGAGGAGCCCCAGCAUGUCCUGCUUAGAUACGAAGAUGCUUAUCAAUACCAAAAUAUAUUUGGUCCUCUGGUCAAGCUUGAGGCAGAUUAUGACAAGAAACUCAAGGAAUCUCAGACCCAAGAUAACAUCACAGUCAGGUGGGACCUGGGCCUGAACAAGAAGAGAAUUGCUUAUUUCACUUUGCCAAAGACUGAUUCAGAUAUGCGCCUCAUGCAAGGAGAUGAGAUCUGCCUGAGGUACAAGGGAGACCUGGCUCCCCUCUGGAAGGGAAUUGGGCAUGUGAUCAAAGUUCCUGAUAAUUAUGGUGAUGAGAUAGCCAUCGAGCUGAGGAGCAGCGUGGGAGCUCCCGUGGAGGUCACUCACAACUUCCAGGUGGACUUUGUGUGGAAAUCCACUUCCUUCGACAGGAUGCAGAGUGCUCUGAAGACGUUUGCAGUGGACGAGACCUCGGUGUCUGGGUACAUUUACCACAAACUGCUGGGCCACGAGGUGGAAGAUGUCAUCAUCAAAUGCCAGCUGCCAAAACGCUUCACAGCCCAGGGCCUCCCUGAUCUCAACCACUCUCAGGUUUAUGCUGUCAAGACCGUCCUGCAGCGUCCUCUGAGCCUUAUCCAGGGUCCCCCUGGCACUGGGAAAACAGUGACAUCAGCCACCAUCGUGUAUCACCUGGCCAGGCAGGGCAAUGGGCCUGUGCUGGUGUGUGCCCCCAGCAACAUCGCUGUGGAUCAGCUGACAGAGAAGAUCCACCAGACUGGCCUCAAGGUGGUUCGUCUGUGUGCCAAGAGCCGUGAGGCCAUCGACUCCCCCGUGUCCUUCCUGGCCCUGCACAACCAGAUCAGGAACAUGGACAGCAUGCCAGAGCUUCAGAAGCUGCAGCAGCUCAAGGAUGAGACUGGAGAGCUUUCCUCUGCUGACGAGAAGCGGUACCGGGCGCUGAAGCGCACGGCGGAGCGGGAGCUGCUGAUGAACGCUGAUGUGAUCUGCUGCACGUGUGUGGGAGCUGGAGACCCCAGGCUGGCCAAGAUGCAGUUCCGCUCCAUCCUCAUCGACGAGAGCACGCAGGCCACCGAGCCGGAGUGCAUGGUGCCCGUGGUGCUGGGGGCCAAGCAGGCUUCAUUUGGAGGCGCUUUGAUAUGGAAAUUGCCAAGUGGUGUUGCUGAUUUGUUCUGCUCCCUGUUGCUGUGCUCCUCAGCUGACAGGGUGAAGAAAGGCUUUGAUUUCCAGUGGCCCCAGCCUGACAAACCCAUGUUCUUCUACGUGACCCAGGGACAGGAGGAGAUUGCCAGCUCGGGCACCUCUUACCUCAACAGGACGGAGGCUGCCAACGUGGAGAAGAUCACCACGAAGCUGCUGAAGGCUGGGGCCAAGCCUGACCAGAUUGGCAUCAUCACCCCCUACGAGGGGCAGCGCUCCUACCUGGUGCAGUACAUGCAGUUCAGUGGCUCCCUGCACACCAAGCUCUACCAGGAAGUGGAAAUUGCAAGUGUGGACGCCUUCCAGGGCAGGGAGAAGGAUUUCAUCAUCCUGUCCUGUGUGAGGGCCAACGAGCACCAGGGCAUUGGCUUCCUCAACGACCCCAGGAGGCUCAACGUGGCCCUGACAAGAGCCAGGUACGGGGUGAUCAUUGUGGGGAACCCCAAAGCCCUGUCCAAGCAGCCCCUCUGGAAUCACCUCCUGAAUUACUACAAGGAGCAGAAGGUGCUGGUGGAGGGGCCCCUGAACAACCUGCGGGAGAGCCUCAUGCAGUUCAGCAAACCCCGCAAGCUCGUCAACACCAUCAACCCCGGUGCCCGUUUCAUGACCACUGCCAUGUAUGAUGCACGAGAGGCCAUCAUCCCUGGCUCUGUCUACGACCGCAGCAGCCAAGGGCGUCCAUCCAACAUGUACUUCCAAACCCACGACCAGAUUGGGAUGAUCAGUGCUGGCCCCAGCCACGUCACUGCCAUGAACAUUCCCAUCCCCUUCAACCUCGUCAUGCCCCCGAUGCCACCCCCGGGCUACUUCGGCCAGGCCAACGGCCCCGCUGCAGGCCGUGGGGCUCCCAAGGGGAAGACGGGCCGUGGCGGGCGGCAGAAAAACCGAUUUGGGAUUCCUGGCACCAGCCAGUCCAACCUCCCCAACAGCCAGGCCAGCCAGGACGUGGUGUCCCAGCCCUUCUCCCAGGGCCCCCUGACCCAGGGCUACAUCUCCAUGAGCCAGCCCUCACAGAUGAGUCAGCCUGGGCUCUCCCAGCCGGAAUUAUCCCAGGACAGUUACCUUGGUGAUGAGUUUAAAUCCCAGAUUGACGUGGCGCUGUCACAGGACUCAACUUACCAGGGGGAACGAGCAUAUCAACAUGGUGGAGUGACGGGACUGUCACAGUAUUAGAGUGUUGAGGAAGAAGAGCUAAGCUUGUGUGGAGCUUAGUUCAUCAGCAUUUUAUUCUGGGUAAUAAAAAAAAUAAAAUAAAAUGGAUACCUGUUUUCCACUGCUAAAACUGAAGCACCACUGUGUGAGAGCAACAGGAGAAAGAAACCAACCAACGGAGAGAGGAGAGAGAGAGAGGAGCGCGCGAGAGAGCCACUGCUGGAGCUCACUGAGACAAGGAGACUGACAAGGAGAGGAGACAGAGCCCUGGAGGACUGGCUGGCGCCUCGUGGGGAGGAACUCACCCAGCAGGAGAGCUCAGCUGAGUCCCUGCUCCCCCGUCAGCCCAGCUCCGGAGAAGGGCCUUAACAAAGCAGGUUUCACUUCAUUCCAUACUUCUCUUGGCGGGCAGGGCAUUACCUUUCAGAGCAGAUGGGGAGAGGAAAACCCUCAUCUCAGAGUUGGGCUCCUUUUGCCAGGGGUACUACAAACAUUUUAGCAGGAACUGUUUACAUUUUAGAAGCAGAGUAUCUGAGAGAGGAGGGGGGGAAACAAAAAAGAGAGGAAGUCCCUGCCUGGGUGACAGCCAGCCAAGCAGAAAUCCAGCUGCUGCUCAACUCUGAGGUGCAGGUUUUGUUGUCCAACACUGGCUCUGAAAUUUGUUGUCAUCGUGUCGCCCACAUUCUGAACGAGGUGGUUUUAAAGAGAUUCUUUCAAAAAGAGCACUGAAUUUUUAAAGAAGUUUUGUCUCUGAAUUCUUAGUGGUGGACCUGGGAGAUUUAGAUCCUUGUUCUGAGAAGCUUAUAUUACAAAAAAAACUUUAAAAAAACCAAAAAAAAAACCCCAAAAAAAUAUGUUUCAAAGAAAAAUUAGAGCAACAUCCUUGAGAACUUUCAGUGUGAUUUCAAGUUGCAGCAAUCAGCCUCUUCUUCCUACAUGGGAUAGGUUUAGAGUGAGAGGAGCCUGCGUGCUCGAGCAGGAGGGUUUCAAAGUGUUUUCUGUAUGCUUUAAUUGGCAACUGUCUGGACUCUACUCUGUGAAAAACAGCCUUUCUGUACGAUGAACUUUAUGCUUGAAAGGGGACGGGUUCCUGUGCCCUUCGGCCCUGGAGGGAAGGUGCAGCCAGGCCUGCUUUGGUCCCCACGGGUGUGGGGCAGGAGUAGUGGAAAUUGGGGAUUAUUUUGGAUGGAAAGUAAAGACUCCACGCCGCUGCAGGAGCAGGAGGGACAAACGGACAAAGCAGGCAGGUGGUGGAAGGUGGUGGCCUCUGAGAGACAGAGCUGGGUUUAAUUUGGGACAACGGGUCAGGCUUUGGGGUGGCUUCCUGGGUGGUGAAGGCAGGAGAGGGACAGAGUGAGGUGUCGAAGCCAAGUUUGCAGGGGGAAGAAGUCGGAACGAGCUUUGCUUUGCUGAAGCAGAGUUUCCAGCCCAGCUGGGGAUCAGGGCUGGGAAGAGCCCACGAGGAGAAGCCAUCCACGCUCUGAGUUGUGGCCAUGUCUGAAAUACUCACAGGGGACAUUUGGGAGCUUUUCAUUUCUGUCAAAACCUUUUUUUAGGGACAGCGCAGAGAGAGAAUUGAUUCCUCCAGCCCCGUUCUUAGCAGAUCCUGAAUUAGAAUAACCUCUACCUCCCAAUUGGCCAGCAGCAGCAGAGAUGGAGCCAGGCCUGGGUGUUCCUCAGGCUGGAGUUAAGCUUUACACUCAAAGGGCUCUGAGUGUUUGUAGUCCUUUUCUUUUUGGGGGGAAAACUCAAAAUACCUCUCAUCUGAAUGUACUCAAACAGCUCCAACCCCGUUUUGUAGCCGGGGAGGGGGAACCUUUCAUUCCUGUCCUUCCUGGAGAUCCCUGCCUGGAGUUGCUGGAUUUGCCCCCAGAGCAGCCCUGGUGUGGAACAGCCCCAGCCCCGGGGGGGAGCUGCAGAAACUGCAAAAACCACAAAAAACUCAACUCACAAAACCCAUUCUUUUCUCAUCCAAAGCCUCCAGAGUUUAGACUUCAAAACAGUGAAAGAAUGGAGACACAGGCCACCUUCCUUCCUCGUGAGAUGGACUUGUUUUAUUUAUUAACAUUGCCGAAGGGCUUUUUAAUUUUUUUCCUUGGUAGGCUGCGUAGUGGCGUAGACUUUUCGGGUAGGUUUAAGCUGAACCCCUCUGUGCAAAGCUAUCCAUGAGUAAUGUACCCCCUCCUCUCCCCUCACCCUUUAUUUCACUGCUGGGAAUGCUUGCCUCUGCUUCGUGCUGGUUUUUUCCUUUGUAGCAGUUCAAACUCUUUUGAGUUUUACAAAUCCAGACAUCAGUGCUAGCACGGUGUUAAACUUUUUUUUUUAAUUAAUUACUUUUUUUUUGUCUCAGUUUUGUUUUAAAACCUGUUUGUCAUCGAAUUAAAAAAAAAAAAAAAAAAGAAUAAACAGCUCUUGCAUUCAAGGUGGCCCCUAAGUUUCAAUGAGGAAACCAUGCAACGUUCAUUAAAGCUUUAGUCUGAUUG